AUGUACGAAUUAUCAUCAAGUGGUUUCGAUAUAACAAUGACAUUGUCAUUGGUCAUAACAGGUGGUCUUUUAGCUGUCAUUGUUUAUGAAUUAUUAUUAUUAACAGAUUUAGAGGGAAAUGAUAUAACCUCUAUAGAUUUUUGCAAGAGAUUUAACAAGUUUGUUCUUCCAGAGUAUAUCAUUCAAGGAAUUUGUACUGUUUGGUAUCUUUUAACAUUUAGAUUUGUCGUGUUUAUCUUUAAUCUUCCUGUAUUGUAUUAUCAUUUCACAAAAUAUCAAAAUAGAUCAUUCAAAGUUGAUCCAACAAAGGUUUAUUCAAUGACUUCAAAGAUUGGAAAUCAUUUAAUGUUGAAAUUGGUAUUUUACAUGGUUAUGUUCUUUGUUUACUUGUUUAUCAUGUUGUUUUGUUUAUUCUCUGAUUAA